CUGGCAGGCUUACUGGCAUAGGAAAGAAAACGUGUUAAAUGCUCCUCUUGUCGGUACCUCAACAAGGCCCGUUGCAACAGAUGUUUGGUUAAAAAUGUAAAGUUUUUCACGAAGCAUUACCAGCUGGAAACGUAAUUCUCACUACUACCGCUAUUAUGGAUCCGUAUGAAUGGAAUGAAGAGGAUGAUAAUUUUGAUUCAAUAUUAGAUUUCACCGAACUAGAAAAUGAAAUCAAUCAAAUAUGCGAUAAAGGUGAAUUAAAAGAAAUGAUUAGUUUACAAUUAAGUGAAAUUGAAAUGCUGCAAUCAAUGUAUUCAAAUCCUGGUGAAUUUUGUAUUGAUAAUUAUGGAAUAUUAGCUGAUAUGUAUGAUUUCUCUGAAGGUAAAUCUUCAGAAACACCACCACAAAUUGAUUUUCAAAUAAAUUUAUCAAUUGAUAAUUUAAAAUAUCAAAUCCAUGUAAAUUUUCCACAUGAAUAUCCAGCUUGUGAACCUGAUAUUUAUGUUCGAAACGAUAAAUUCACACGUGAUCAACAAUCAAAAUUAAAUACAGAUUUAGCAUAUUAUAUUGAUUCAUUAGAUCGUGGUGAAAUAUGUGUUGGAAGUGCCAUCUUUUGGUUACAAGAAAAUGCAUCGAAUUAUAUAACACAAACAGCGUCACUAGUGACAGAAAAAUCAACUAAAAAUACCUCAACAAAUGAAUUUUGUCGUUAUUGGAUUUAUUCUCAUCAUAUUUAUAGUAAAAUAAAACGACGUGAAAUGUUAGCGUUAGCUGGUGAUUAUUCGAUAACAGGUUUCGUACUACCUGGCCGACCUGGAAUAAUAUGUAUUGAAGGCACCUCACAAGAUGCCAGCGAUUGGUGGUUAAAAAUUAAAUCUAUGGCAUGGAAAAAAAUUAUUUGUAGAAAGUGUGAAAAGAUUCCUGUUAAGGAAGGUGAAGAUUUUAAUAAACUUAGAAAAUUUGAUAGUUUUAAGGAAAUUGCAUUUCAAUCACAAAAUUUAACAUCCAAACAUAUGGAUAUGGGAGAGUUGUACAAAUAUUUGGAAGAACACGAUUGUGCAUAUGCGUUUAAAGAAUAUUUUGGGCUAGAUGGAAAAAGUGCUUAAUAGAAAUUAAAUUUUUUUUGUACAAAUAUUUUCUGUUCCUUUUCUACUUUUGUAAAAUAUUUAAUACUGUUGGACUGUAAAUAAAAUUUUUAUAUUGAUAAUACUAUACAAAACCAUUGAUGAGGCGAAAAUAUAAUACAAAUUGUGCCAAUGAAUGAAGUUGGUAAUAGAGGAAAAAAUUUGUAAUUAUAUGACGGAAAAGCAUUCUAUGAAUGGUCGCAGAGUUUUCUUCAGUAUGCUUUCUUAUGCAUCAAUCAUGUUAGGAACGUGCAAUCUAAACGAUUUAUAUACGGCAGUGCAAAUCGGCGAUUACUAAGCGCUUUCUAAGUUUGAAUAAACUCAAUAAUUAUUUAAAAAUUAUAAAAUAAAUUUGUAUAAAUUGUACAUACAUAAUACAGAGUUAUUCAGUAAGAUGUUACCACUUAUUUAUAUUUUACUUCAUACUGAUGUCAGUAUAUGUUGCA